CUCAGAUGGUGAAGGUCGAGUUGACUUUACAAGAGUGAAAUGUCAUUGACCCUUCCUCCAGUAGAAGCUACAGGAAUGUAUAAACCUUAGUGGUCCUGACGUUUCUUCCCAAUGAUAUCAAUGUCAUUUGCGAAAUCUGAUUUCUUUUUCACUAUCUAGGAAUUAAGUUGCGUAGGCCCUACCCUUCAAACAUUAAUCUUUGUGAAGCUGAAACCUACUUUAAUAGUAGUUUUUUAAACGAGUCAAGCUAACAUGAGAGGAGGUUUAACAGGGGCUCUUCCAUUGUUAAGUUUCUUUCUGGGGACCUCUCAAGCUGUCUAUUUAAGGAUUUCACAUGACCUUUUGAAUAAUAUCAAAUCUUGUUGAUUCCGCAUUUCCUGGAGCUCUCAAGAUCUGUCCUUUGCAUCUUUUUGUUCUCUUCUAUCAUCCUUUUCCUCCUUGUAGUUUUCCACUCUGAAAGUCUUUUUCUGCUGUCUUUUGCUCUGCUUUUGCGCCUCGAACUCUUUCCCCAAUAAGAGCUGAAUGGCUAUGAUUACCUUGACACCAUCUUUCAACCCCAAUCACCCACAAACAUAUUCCCUGGAAGACAGCACCAGCAAUAACAACAGCGUCCGAGAUGCAUCUUUUCCUUUGUAUCUGAACAACACAGAGGAGAGCUUCAUCCACAAGCUAGCUCAGACCAGUGGUCAAAGCCUCAAUUUCAAGAAGUUCCAUCAGGAGGAGCAUCUUUAUAAGGAGGAGGAUGGAGAAAUUGGAGUGUUUGGAGCUGAAAAGUACUUCAAUGGAGCGAUCUAUGAGGAGGGGGAGGAGACUCCAAGAAUUGCCAAAAUGGGUUCAGGGAAUUCCCAAUCCCGUUCGCAAUAUGGCAAGAAGGAAGAUCUGCAACCUCAUGUGAUGACGCAGCCGGUCAAACCGAAAUUACAAUCAGCCACUCCAAGUGUCCGUUCAGAAUCGAGCUGGAACAGCCAGAACGCAUUGCUUCAGAGAAUCCUGAGAAAUCCUUCUCAGCGCAGGGCCAACAAGACAAACAAUGGGAAGAGCUUCUUAGCUUCUCUUGGAUGCAAAUGCUCCUGCUCCGGCAAGAGCUCGGUUGACGUCGAUGACCGUGUUGGUGAGAUCAGUCUCGGCACGAACACUACUUCCAGUGCACUCCAAGUCAAGCCGAGCAAUAAAAUGCCAACCUUGGAUCCUUGGAUGACCGAAGAGAUGCAAAAGAAAGAAAACCUGUUCACUCCAAGCUCUCUCAAGCAAGAACCUGUGAAUCUGCCAGUUAUAAAGACCCAUUUCCAGGAGGAGGAAGAGCUGAAGCCCAAGAAGUCACUGGAGGUUUUCGGGUCCCCAGUGUUUGAUAAAAGAAAGAACUCAUACACCUUAGAGAAGAGGCUCGCGAUGCUGACGUGGGAUAGCACUAAUGCCAUUCCAAGAAAGGAGGGACUUUCUGAAGCUUCCGCAAGCUCUGAUGGAGCCGGAGCCGGAGCCGGAGCCGGAGCCUACAAUAGCGUAGACUGUGAGAGUGAUGCUAGUUCAGACUUGUUCGAGAUAGAGAGCCUCACAGGGAAAGUGAAUUCAUAUUUCACCAGGCAGGUCUCCGAUGCAACCUCAGAUUGCAUAACCCCCACAACAAGGUAUGCGCCGAGCGAAGCCAGCAUCGAGUGGAGCGUCGUCACUGCAAGUGCUGCAGAUGUCUCGGCCAUGUCCGAUUAUUCAGAAGCCCCCGCUACUAGCCCCUUGAGGACUGCUUUAACUGCCAACAGGACUGGCAGGGGCAGAUCAGACGUGCCCGGGUGGCGGCGUUCCGGUAUUCUGUUGGGGUGCAAGAGUCAGAAAGCGGUACGAGUAGCCGGAGAUGGUUAUAGGACUAGCGACAAGUCGCCCCGAACCCAGCGCAGAUCCGACGAGUCUGCUCAGGCAGCGAAGUUCCGGGCUGAGGCGAGGCUCAUGGGGCUCGAGUCCAAGAACAGACAACACACAGACACCACCGCCUGUUUGGUUCCAGGCUCGCAUGUCCCGAGUGGCCCGAAGCUCUUGUACAUGCAGUGAUCGGCGGGCAUCAGGAACGCCUGAAUUUCUUCAUUUUGCGAUGGAACAGUAGUUAAAAAAUUCAGAGUUACAUGUAAUUUGGGUCCAUUUACCUGCAAUAAAUUUUCUCUAGCAACAGAGAUCUGAAACUUCAGAUGAUUGAUCAUGUUGCUAUGGCAUGUUUAAAGUUUCACCACUUGUGAAAAACCCUAUUCAGGAAAGAUUUCAACAAUCUUCCAUCAUGCUCAAUUCACAGCUGCUGAAGCAAAGCCUGCAGGGGACAUGAGUAUGAUUUUCAAUCAAUUCCACAACCACCUCAUGAAUGUUGUGGACCAAGGUGGUCUUAUUUCCCACCUUAUUCACAUCAUUUGCCCACUCAAGUUUCGAUUUUUUUUCUUGUUUUU